AUGUAUCCCACUCGUGUUCUGAGGAUGCAGCCCUCGCGGCCCUUGUACUAUGCCUCUCCCAAGGAGGCCCAGAGCGCCCACACGAUCUCUCAGCGUCUCCGCCAGAUCAAGAAGAUGCCCCCAGAGCUGAUCCCGCUGGGCUUCGUCUUGUGCGUCGCUGUCGGAGCUGGUAUCUACUCCUGCAUCCACAAGCUCACGUCGGACAAGACCCUCCGUCUGUCCCGCAACCGCCCUGAGGACCGUGCCCACUAA